GCUGGGAGCGUCACUUCCUCCCGGAAGCGGGCCUGGGCGGAUGUCUCCGGCGCGUCGGUGCAGGGGGAUGAGGGCCGCGGUGGCUGCCAGCGUGGGGUUGAGCGAGGGGCCCGCUGGCUCCCGGAGCGGCCGCCUUUUCCGCCCGCCGAGCCCCGCUCCGGCGGCCCCCGGGGCUCGGCUGUUGCGGCUCCCGGGGAGCGGGGCCGUGCAGGCCGCGAUCCCGGAGCGCGCCGGCUGGACCGAGGCGCUGCGGGCCGCCGUGGCCGAGCUGCGCGCCGGCGCCGUGGUGGCCGUCCCCACCGAUACGCUGUACGGCCUGGCCUGCGCGGCGAGCUGCUCGGCGGCUCUGCGCGCUGUGUACCGCCUCAAGGGCCGCAGCGAGGCCAAGCCUCUGGCCGUAUGCCUCGGCCGCGUGGCCGACGUCUACAGAUACUGCCGUGUGAGAGUACCCGAGGGGCUCCUGAAAGACCUACUGCCAGGACCGGUGACCCUGGUGAUGGAACGCUCGGAGGAGCUCAACAAGGACCUAAACCCUUUUACGCCUCUUGUAGGCAUUCGGAUUCCUGAUCAUGCCUUUAUGCAAGACUUGGCUCAGAUGUUUGAGGGUCCGCUUGCCCUCACUAGUGCCAACCUCAGCUCCCAGGCCAGUUCUCUGAAUGUCGAGGAGUUCCAGGAUCUCUGGCCUCAAUUGUCCUUGGUUAUUGAUGGGGGACAAAUUGGGGAUGGCCAGAGCCCCGAGUGUCGCCUCGGCUCAACUGUGGUUGAUUUGUCUGUGCCUGGAAAGUUUGGCAUCAUUCGUCCAGGCUGUGCCCUGGAAAGUACUACAGCCAUCCUCCAACAGAAGUACGGACUGCUCCCCUCACAUGCGUCCUGCCUGUGAAACUCUGGGAAGCAGGAAGGCCGAAGGCCCAAGGCCCAAGGCCUGGUGCUGGAUACUAUGUGUCUGUCCACUGACGACUGGCAAGGCCUCAUUUGCAGAGGCCACUGGAGCUCGGGCACUAGCCUGACUUUUAAGGCAGUGUGUCUUUCUGAGCACUGUAGACCAAGCCCUUGGAGCUGCUGGUUUAGCCUUGCACCUGGGGAAAGGAUGUAUUUAUUUGUAUUUUCAUAUAUCAGCCAAAAGCUGAAUGGAAAAGUUAAGAACAUUCCUAGGUGGCCUUACUCUAAUAAGUUUCUUCUGUCUGUUUUGUUUUUCAAUUGAAAAGUAAUUAAAUAACAGAUUUAGAAUCUAGUGAGAGCCUCCUCUCUGGUGGGUGGUGGCAUUUAAGGUUCAAACCAGCCAGAAGUGCUGGUGCUGUUUAAAAAGUCUCAGGUGGCUGCGUGUGGUGGCUCAUUCCUGUAAUCCCAACAUUCUGGGAGGCCCAGGCGGGAGAACUGCUUGAGCCCAGCAGUUCAGAAUCAGCCUGGGCAACAUAGCAAUACUCCAUCUCAUAAAAAUUAAUAAAUAAAAAGUCUCAGGUGACCAAAGGCUCCUGAAGCUAGAAGCAGGUUUGGAUAAAGAUUGAAGAGCCACAGGCCACUCUUCCCUCUGAGCCAUUGGGCCUAGUGUGUCAUGUAUUGUAAUUGCUGGCAGGGAGAGCAGUCUUUUUAGUGUAAUAGUGGGAUGUCUGCUCAGCUGGCAGGGGUUCAGUCCAAAUGGAAGAAUAUUGGGAAAUAAACCUCCACUAUCCUUUUCAGCCAGGGACUUUUUUCUUAUUUAUUAAUAAAUUAUAGUUAAUUAUACCCAUAACACCUUUAUUUAAAUCCAGUGUUCUCCGCAGCCUUUUGUCUAUUUAUAUGUGUACCAAGUGUUAAACAUAAUUAUUGGGCAUUUGAACUUUGUUUUUCUUUAAAGAAAUGCUGCUAUUAAACAUAUUUGUAAAUGGUU